AUGCGGGAACUAGAAAAUGUUGAUCCUUUGCUCCAAAGUAGUUCAUCUACAACUAUUUUGUUAGUAUCCCAAACAAGUGAAUCUACUUUGCAACAAUCUACAAAUUUAACAAUUUUGAAUUCCAAAUUUGAGAGUGUAAAUAAUGAGUUUGACGAGCAAUUAGAUGAUGAGUUUAGUGAACAAUUAGAACUUUAUGAAGGACGUGUUGAAAAAGACACAAGUAGUGUACAUGAAAUUUCAAGAUCAUUCGUAUGUCGUCAUGCUGGGAAACUGCAAAAUAAAGACAAGUCACAUAAAACUGAAGGAUCUGGUUCAUGCCAGACUGAUUGUAAAUGGAAGAUCAAUAUUUAUUGGAGCAAAAGUUUUAGUGAAUAUUAUAUUUCAACUUUUACAAACAUUCAUACUGGCCAUACUCUUGAUUCGUCUACUAUACAAUUUAUCCCCAAAAAUCGAAAGCUUACUAAGGAGAUGUUAAAGGAUAUCGAAUUUUAUACUCUAUCAGAAAAAAUCAAUGCAAGCGCUCAAUAUCAACUUCUUUUAGAAAA